UGAAGCUGGUCAUUUYAUAUUGGUYGGCAGCGAUGAAGGUCUUGUMUUUUGCAUUGGCUCUUGCUAUUUUUGUKGUUUCACAGGGARAAGACAACUUUAUCGAAGAUGUGUCARAUGAUAUGACCUCAUCUGUGCURGGGGAUGUCUUUGAUGACUAUCAGUUGGUAGAGGAUGAAGGUUCUGGAGUUGAACCAACASCAACACCCCACAGACCUAAUCGGGAGUGCGUCCGUCAAUUGAAAAAGUGUUACGCUGGUGAAAGCGGAAGAAAAUGGGUUGAUAAACAUACAUGCAGGCUUGGAUUUUGUCAAUGCAGACGAAAGGUAUGUGAAAACUACUUUCGCGCCUGCAAUUCUAACUCUUGGUGUUCAUUGAAGAAGGUCUGCAUGAAAUCAUUCAAAGCCUGCAAAUAUAAUCCAAGGAAAGAGAGUAAAUGCAGAAGAAAGCUAAGACGAUGUCUUAAACGUUCUGGUGACAACAAGAAAGACACAAAAAAAUGUCUUAAGUCAUUCAGCAAAUGCCUGCCUGGGAAGAAGCUCUUUUAAAAACUUGUGUUGAGCACAAUAUGAAUGAGCUUUAGUUUCAUUAGAAUAGAAAGGGAAUUGUAUUAGAUUAGAUUUAAAGGUUAAUAAAAAUAUAAUGCACAGGGAUCUUAA